UGUAACACUUUCCCCCAAAGACAUUCACAUCUCCACAAUAAUACAGACACACUCAAGCGGCAAAACAGAGUGACACCAAAUUACACACGCACAAAAUAAAAAAGAAACAAAAUGGCGGUGGUUGACGGUGGAUACGACGGUGGAUACGACGGUGAAAUCGGUGGGUGUAGGUCUUGCCUAAUCCCACCGGUAAAACGAGAGUUAUUAGAUGACAGUGCAGCUUCAAUUAGUUCUUAUGCAUACGACGACGUUUUAAGCGAAAGGAAAGAUUCAGUAGUAACUGAAGAAGAAGGUGCUACUCCAACUCCCGCAAUUCACAUAAAAGAAGAAAUUUUCGACGACGACGGUGCUAAUGCAUCUUCGUCAAUGAAGUUUCCAAAACCAAUGGAAGGGUUGCAUGAGGUGGGUCCACCACCUUUUCUUAAGAAGACAUUUGAAAUGGUGGAGGAUCCGGAAACCGACCCGAUUGUUUCGUGGAGCGCGGCUCGCGAUAGUUUCAUUGUUUGGGACUCUCAUGAAUUCUCCAAAAUUCUUCUUCCAAAGUACUUUAAACACAACAAUUUCUCUAGCUUCAUUCGCCAGCUCAACACCUAUGGGUUUAGGAAGGUAGAUUCAGAUCGUUGGGAGUUUGCAAAUGAAGGAUUUCAAGGAGGGAAGAAGCAUCUCUUAAAGAACAUAAGAAGGAGAAGUAAGUAUAACAAACUACAUCAAGGAGGAUUCAAUUUGAUGAAGCCUAGUGUUGAAUCUGAAGUGGAGAAACUGAAGAAAGAUCAAAACAUGUUGAAAGUAGAAAUUCUGAAGUUAAGGCAGCAACAAGAGAAUUCGAACAUUCAACUCACGAAUGUUCAAGAGCGGGUUCGACGCGCAGAAUUGAAGCAAUAUCAGAUGAUAUUUUUCCUCACAAAAAUGGCCAAAAGGCCAUUGUUUAUGGAACAGUUAAUCCAAAAGAUGAAGCGGAAAAAAGAGGUUGAUGGUACUAUAGACAGUGUUAAAAGACCUAGAUUGCUUGGAACACAAGUCACUAAUGUUGAACAAUUUGCUACUUUGCAAUCUGAAUUGAAUGGACUUUUUUCUGAAAAUUUGAACACUGAAAAAAUGGAACCACCAGUUUCAACUUCUAUGGAAGAUGGAUUGUGUAGUUCCUUACAUGAAUUUAGGGCAUAUGGUUCUAGACAAAAUGUGCAAGAUGUAUCUUCUGCUUAUCAUGUUAUGUCAGAAAAAUUAUUGGGGGAAAAUUCUGUUGUUGAUGAAGAAAUGGAUGUGAAUGACUCUAAUAUCUAUCUUGAAUUAGAGGAUUUGAUAAGUAAGCCAACAGAUUGGAUUGGAUCUGCAAGUGGAUUGGUGGGACAAACAAGUUGAAUCUCUUAUAAAUGCCUUUGAAUGGUGAAGUUGUUCUCUAACUUUUGUAAUUCUCUUUAGUUUUGUGUUCUACUUGUUGUCUUGAAUUUUAUAGUUUAGUCUGCUUAUAGAUCAACCAAAAGAAAAGGAAUAGGUUUACUGUGAAGUCAUGUAUCACCAUGCUUGUAGUUAAACCAACCUCUUAUGAUGUAUAGUAAUAGCAGUGUAAGUUGUAAAUGUUUUAUAGAAAAUACUUGUGGUUCAUGUUUCCUGUUGUAUUUCCAAUAUUGUCAUGUAUAUUCAAUGAGUCUGCUUUACUAAGCAAA